UACAUUUCUAUUUUUCAAUGUCUUCAAAACUAUUAAUAUAGAAACAACAGAGAUUACUAAUCGCUAAUCGAUGACAUGUCUCGCCAGCAAAUAACAUCGCAUCUCGCUUAGUGUCAAAAUGUGAACGAUCUUCACACUGAAGAUCGUUCGACCGCAUUUUGUGAAAGGAUUAAAUUUUCAAGGCGGAAAAAUAUAACAUCUAAUAUAAAAAUAACAUUCAAGAUGUAAUUGUGUAUCAUCGAAACUCCGAUAUGGCCAAAGAUAGUAUCGACGAUAUCCUGGUGCGUCUCGAUGAGAUCGAGAAACUACAAGCGGAACUUCGGCAUUUAGUACCACGAGUCACGAGUAACUCAUCCAGACAUGUCAGACACCAGGAUUUAUCUCGCGAUACGUCCGCAUCGAUACGCUUCCCAUCCCUCUACACGUUCCCUGUAAUUUCGAAUCUUACGUCAUCCUCCAGAAACGAGCACAAGUCGGCCGCGCAAUUGAAUCUCAAUGACAAAUUGUCGAGCGGUAAUCAAUCCUCGACAGUGAAUCUGAAAAACGCGCGAGUAUCUGAUCAGCGCGAAUCAUCCGCAAGAGGAACAAAUAUCUUCAAGAAUCUAUUAAAAAACACCGAUAAAAAUGUUGCGAGAUUGCGUGCGGGAAACUCCAUGGCUUCAACUUCCGUAGCGAAUUCGCAAACGACGUCGACGACGCCGACGAAAGGCAUGAAUCGCGUGGUCAGGGAUUCGCAAGAAGCAAUUGGAAAAAAAUUAAGGAACAGGGCAUCCAAGUUCAUAGCUAGAGAUAAAAUGCAGCGUAUAAAUGGCGAGAGAUCGAGCGUGCGGCUAUCUGAAAAUCAAAGUACUAUGAAUUCAGUAAAUGGUGUAGAAUCUAUUUAUUUUGAUUAA